AUGCUCGACCUGCUCUGUUUCUCCCGGUCCAUCACAGUCCUUCCAGUGACUCCCGCAUACAUCAUCCCCACACCACAUCGACGACUGCUCAUGGCCUCUCCCACACAGCCUCUCGCACACAGCCUCUCAUACGUCGCCUCUCAUGCAUCGCAUUUCCUUCAACUCCCCUUCGUCCUCCUCCCAUUCCUUCACAUGCCCUUCCAUCUCCCCCUCUUCCAUCUCCCCCCCUUCCAUCUCCCCUCCUUCCAUCUCCCCCUCUUCCAUCUCCCCCCCUUCCAUCUCCCCUCCUUCCAUCUCCCCCCUUUCCAUCUCCUCUCCUUCCAUCUACCCUCUUUUUAUCUACCCCCCUUCCAUCUACCCCCCUUCCAUCUACCCCCCUUCCAUCUCCUCUCCUUCCAUCUCCCCCUCUUCCAUCUCCCCCCCUUCCAUCUCCCCCUCUUCCAUCUCCCCCCCUUCCAUCUCCCCUCCUUCCAUCUCCCCCUCUUCCAUCUCCCCCCCUUCCAUCUCCCCUCCUUCCAUCUCCCCCCUUUCCAUCUCCUCUCUUUCCAUCUACCCUCUUUUUAUCUACCCCCCUUCCAUCUACCCCCCUUCCAUCUACCCCCCUUCCAUCUCCUCUCCUUCCAUCUCCCCCUCUUCCAUCUCCCCCACUUCCAUCCCCCCUCCUUCCAUCUCCCCCCCUUCCAUCUCCCCCCUUCCAUCUACCCCCCUUCCAUCUACCCCCCUUCCAUCUACCCCCCUUCCAUCUACCCCCCUUCCAUAUACCCCCCUUCCAUCUACCCCCCUUCCAUCUACCCCCCUUCCAUCUACCCCCCUUCCAUCUACCCCCCUUCCAUCUCCCCCCUUCCAUCUACCCCCCUUCCAUCUACCCCCCUUCCAUCUCCCCCCCUUCCAUCUACCCCCCUUCCAUCUCCCCCCCUUCCAUCUCCCCCCUUCCAUCUACCCCCCUUCCAUCUCCCCCCUUCCAUCUCCCCCCCUUCCAUCUACCCCCCUUCCAUCUACCCCCCUUCCAUCUCCCCCCCUUCCAUCUACCCCCCUUCCAUCUACCCCCCUUCCAUCUCCCCCCCCUUCCAUCUCCCCCCUUCCAUCUACCCCCCUUCCACUCAAUCGCCUUAA